CUUCGGGUUGACGUUGCGUCUCUGUCGUCAUCGGCAAGCGACGAGUGAUUCAACUCGGUGUGAGCAGAUAUGGCAUGUCAAUAGAGAUAUAACGUUAGCGUGUGUUUAAAAAGUUUAAAUAGUCUGGUAACGUUUCGAUAAUGAGCUCUCGAUUAUUUUUCUAUGUAUUCAGACCGAGAAUACCCAGAUCACGUGGUACGGGAUGUCUGUCUGUAACCAAAACACACAGUCCUGCGAGAGGCAAACAUGAGGAGGCACAGAGAAGAGCCCCAAACACCUCCUUACACCUUACUAAUUCAUCACUGGGGUUCGCUGUGUCACAGAAUGGAGGCAGAUUGAGUUUCUGCAGGAGCUUCACAACCUCUGCGUGCAGGACUGACGCCAUUGGACAGGUGCAGUCGACGCACUAUCACCUGGUGUACACCUGCAAAGUGUGCUCCACUCGCUCCAUGAAGAAAAUAUCCAAGAUAGCCUAUCACAAGGGUGUUGUCAUAGUAACGUGCCCUGGAUGCAACAACCACCACGUCAUCGCUGAUAAUCUGAACUGGUUCUCUGACCUGGAGGGGAAAAGAAACAUUGAGGAGAUCCUUGCUGCUAAAGGAGAAUCGGUCCGAAGAGUUCAAGGGAACGAGGCCCUGGAAAUUGUUGCAGAGGAAUCAAUAAAGGAGGCGUCAAGAAAUGAUCCAGAUGAACAGAAUCCACCACAUCUGAGCGACGGCUCGGACAAAACAUGACUGACAUUUGUGAAUUGCAUCACUGGACAUUUAUAUCGUCUAAAAUGAUCAGUUUUGAGUGCUGUUCAUUGUAUUAUAUUGUUAAACUUUUUAUAUUGUUGUUCAUAUUAAAGGGUUAGUUCACCCAAAAA